UCAUAUGGGGUCUGGGAGAAAGUUGAUAAAUAAUUAAAUGAUCAUAGGACUCUUAGCUUAUCCCUGAUUGGUGGAAUUGGUGGUGUUACAACUAUCCCAUGUUACAAUCAUACCCGGUCUCCCCUAAUCAUAGACAGACACCCGCAUCUCACAAAUAUCAGAUAACAAAAAUAUGUUCUAAAAACAUUUUGACACUGUUCCCAUUAAGUUAUGAAAAUGUUACUUCUGAAUGUCACGUUCAAAACGUACAUUUUUUUUUAUUUUAUUUUGUUAAUGUUCUCUAGACAUUCUGAAACAAGUAGUAGGCCUAACAUUAAAAUGUUACACAAUGGUAUUUCUAACAGAAAAUGUGUUGCAAGUCAAAAACCACAAAAUGUUUAAUUUGCAAGUUUUUGCUCCAGAACUAACUCUAUCUACAUUAUUUUCUUCUCUCUCUCCUUUUUUUUUUUUUUUUGCUAUAGUGUGCACCAGUUUGGGAUAUGAUAAUCUGACCACUGUCACUGUGACACAGGAGAAAGAGGGCUUGUCAAGCAUCCAGAUCUUCGCUUUAUGCAUUUACCUCACCAUCUUUGUUGUGGGCUCCAUUGGAAAUGGGCUUGUCAUAUUUGUGACCGGCUACAAAAUGAAGACGACAGUCAACUCCAUUUGGUUUCUCAACUUGGCAAUUGCAGACUUCUUUUUUUCUUUUGCCCCAGUCAUGCGCUUUGUCUUGGUCUUUGGCAAGCCACUGGGUUACUUUUUGUCCAAGCUUCUCUCUUUCAUGACAGAGCUAAAUAUGUUUGCAAGCAUUUUUUUUCUGACUGCUAUCAGUCUGGACCGAUGCCUGUGCACAUGGAUGAUCGUUUGGGCUCGCAAUGAACGAACUCUAAUCAAAGCUAAGAUCAUUUGCAUGAUUGUGUGGGUUUUAUCCAUUGGCUGUAGCAUUCCUUUUGUAAUCAAUUUCUGCACCAAGUAUUUAGACUUACAGUCUCUGUUCACAUACAGGUUUAUAGUGGGCUUUCUCAUCCCCUUCAUUAUCAUUACAUCUUCAUAUGUAGCUAUUGGAGUGCGGGUCAAACAUCUCAAAAGGGGGAGCCAUCUUAGAUCUUACCGUCUUAUUAUAUCUUUGGUUCUGGCCUUUUUUGUAUGCUGGUUCCCUUACCAUAUUCACAAAUUGUGUUUCAUUUCAUUAAAUGCAGUGGAGAAUAAGCAGAAUGUUAAUGUUCGAGAAGUCAUUUCUCAAACAACACCUUUUGUAGUGUGCCUGGCUUUUCUAAACAGCUGUCUGAACCCCAUUCUCUAUGUGUUCAUGUGUGAUGAGUUUAAGAAGAAGCUGAAACAGUCUCUGCUGUUGGUGCUGGAGACGGCGCUAGCUGAAGAUCAUCUGGACUUUCUUAAUCACAAAGACGACAAAAAAGAAACCAAGACUUCCUUGACCAGCUGCUGAGACAAGAAAACUCUUUAAGAAAAUCAGACUCUAUGUUGCUACAGCCUGUUGUGUUACAAUGGUUAAUCUGAUUUUUGCCGUAAAU